UCUCACGCCCUCCCCGCGAAUAAAAACUUUUCUAGCGUCCCUUUGAAUCCAUUCAUCCAUCCAUCCACCCAUCCAUUGCUCGUCUCCCUCCCAAAUUCGAUGCCUUUGUAGCGCUGCCGCUCCGCCCCUGCGUCGCGUCGCGCCGUGCGCUUGCUGCAGCGCUUCCCAUGGACGCCGGGGCGGGGGCCGGAUCCGGCAAUGCCUCCGGCGGCGGCGCGUCCGCGUGCUGCUACUACGCGCUGCUCGGCAUCCGCAAGAACGCCUCCGCCACCGACAUCCGCACCGCCUACCGGAGGCUCGCGAUGAAGUGGCACCCGGACCGGUGGGCGAGCAACCCAGGCGCCGCCGGCGAGGCCAAGCGGCGGUUCCAGCGGAUCCAGGAGGCCUAUUCCGUCUUGUCGGACAAGGGGAAGAAGGCCAUGUACGACGCCGGGCUCUUCGAUCCCCUGGACGACGACAACCAGGAUUUCUCCGACUUCAUGCAGGAGAUGAUGGUGAUGAUGGAUAACGUGAAAAACGAGAAGCCGGACACGCUGGAGGACCUGCAGAAGAUGCUGGAGGACAUCGUCAACGGCGACGAUGGGAGCCGCGGCGUGGGCGGGCGCGUGCCGCCGGACGGUGCCCGGCGGGCGCGCGUCGCGCCGUACCCGCAGCAGCAGGGGCGCAGGUGACCGGCGCGCCGGUGUACGAGAUGUACACGCGAGCCGCGCCGCCGCGUUCGGGCCUGCGCUUUCGCGGCGAGAGGAGACCAGGGGGAGAAGAUCAGCCAGCAAAGCCAACGGGAGGCUCUGGAAGGGAAAAAUAAAAACGAAAUUGCCAAGUCGGUGGUGAUUGCCAUUUGAUAAUUUGACCGUAGUAGCCGGGCGCCGCUCGGUUCCGGCCGCGCCGCCGCAAGAAACCGGCGGACGCGUGGCCUGGGACUCUGAUUUGUUAUUACCCCGUCGACAUUUCGUGCCCCAAUUGUCACCGGAAUUCUUGAACUCUUUUUGCUGCU